UGGUACUUUGGCUCGUUCGGAAGGCACUAAUUAAGCAAGCAAGAUCCCCAGCCUCCGCCCACAAGACUCCGUUGACAACUGGCCCGUGCCGCUCAGAGAGAGAGAGAGAGAGAGAGAUUGUCAACAAACCGAAGCCUCUUCUGAAGCUCGCGGCUCUUCAAUGGCGGGGGUCUCUCUCAAGUGCGGGGACUGUGGAGCCCUCCUGAAGUCCGUGGAAGAAGCCCAAGAACACGCAGAGCUUACUUCCCACUCAAACUUCUCCGAGUCCACCGAGGCCGUCCUUUCCCUCGUCUGUAACUCCUGCGGCAAACCCUGCCGAUCCAAAAUCGAAAGCGAUUUGCAUACGAAGAGGACAGGGCAUACUGAAUUUGUGGACAAGACCUCGGAAGCUGCAAAGCCGAUAAGUUUGGAAGUUCCAAAGGCCAAUGUCGAUUCGCAAGAGAAGGCUGGCACCAGUAGUAGUGCCCAGAAUGAAGAAAUGGUUGUGCCAGAGGUUGACAAGAAGCUGCUUGAGGAACUUGAAGGAAUGGGAUUCUCAACUGCACGAGCGACCCGUGCACUUCAUUUUUCUGGCAAUGCUAGCCUUGAAGCUGCUGUGAAUUGGGUUGUAGAGCAUGAGAACGACCCGGACAUAGAUCAGAUGCCCUUGGUUGCUGCUAGCACCCAAGUCGAGGCUCUUAAGCCUUCACUUACACCGGAAGAAAUCAAGAUUAAGGCACAAGAACUGAGGGAGAGAGCUCGAAAGAAGAAAGAGGAAGAAGACAGGAAACUGGAAAGGGAAAGAGAAAAGGAAAGGAUUCGAGUAGGCAAGGAACUCCUUGAAGCAAAACGAAUCGAGGAAGAGAAUGAAAGAAAACGCAUUUUGGCCUUGCGGAAAGCAGAGAAAGAGGAAGAAAAGCGAGCCAGGGAGAAAAUUCGACAAAAAUUGGAAGAAGACAAGGCAGAAAGAAGGCAGAGGCUUGGAUUGCCUCCGGAAGAUCCUACAGCUGCAAAAGUGUCUGCCCCCGUUGUGCAAGAGAAAAAGAGCUCAUUGCCUGUUAGACCUGCUACAAAAGCAGAGCAAAUGAGGGAGUGUCUACGAUCUCUGAAGACUAAUCACAAGGAUGAUGAUGCCAGAGUGAAGAAAGCAUUCCAGACACUUUUUACUUAUGUGGGUAAUGUUGCCAAGAAUCCUGAUGAGGAAAAGUUCAGGAAAAUAAGACUUAAUAACCCAUCCUUCCAGGUUUUGUUUCUUGUGUUGUGGUUAACAGGAAAGAGUUGGCCAACUGAGAGGGGGCGUUGAGUUUCUGGUGCUCUGUGGAUUUGAGAAAAUCGAGGGUGGAGAGUUUUUGCUUUUGCCCAGGGACAAGCUUGACAUGGCUGUGUUGCAUUCUGCUGGUUCCGAGCUCAAGUCCGCUAUAGAAAAUCCCUUCUUUGGAAUUCUCUAAGUUACAGGAAAUGAGAUUCAUCCAUUAUAUUUUGUAUUUUAAAAACGUGACAUUCUUUUCAAUAAAGAAGAAGGCGGGAGGGAAAGAGUUGGGGUGUGCUUGUUUUAAGGAUUGCUACUUUGUUUUAAUCACCAUAGGCUUUGCUUAAAUUCUCAUGGAACGAUAUUCUUGUUACUUUAUAUGAAUAUUUUUGUUUGGUUAGUA